ACUCUGUAUAUCUUAACUUUCCAAUGCAUCGCGACGCCAUCAAUCAUCCACAUUUUCCUAUCAACUUUCAGGUGUAAGUACAAGUUACUGCUUGCUCAGGCGUUUGCCAACAUCAAUUCCAUCACCAUGCCUCCCCAGAUAAAACAAGAUCUAAAUCGCUCCGGCUGGGAAUCGACCGACUUCCCAUCCGUAUGUGAGAACUGUUUACCACCAAACCCAUACGUCAAGAUGCUCAAGGAAGACCACGGCGCCGAAUGCAAGAUCUGUACCCGACCAUACACCAUAUUCUCCUGGGCUGCCGAUCGCGCCCACGGUCGUAAGAAGCGCACAAACGUCUGCCUGACAUGCGCUCGAAUGAAGAACUGCUGCCAAUGUUGCAUGCUCGACCUACAGUUUGGCCUUCCCAUCCAGCUACGCGAUGCCGCCCUCAAGAUGGUGGCCCCCGGCCCACAAAGCGAGGUCAACCGCGAAUAUUUUGCUCAGAAUAACGAGAAGGCAAUCGAGGAAGGACUGGGCACUGAAGAGUACGAGAAGACGGACGAGAAGGCGCGAGAGCUUCUGCGACGGCUGGCUACCAGCAAGCCUUACUUCAGAAAAGGGCGAGCGAUUGAGGAUGGAAGCGCUACAAGUAGUGGCCCGCAAGGAGGUAGCCCAGCGGUAGGAGCUGGCGUCGGAGGACCUGGACCGAUACGAACACGCGACUCUAGAGCAGCCGCCGCUGUAGGCGUGGGCGCAAGGCAAGGAAGAAAUAACAGGCCGUUCCCGAGCGCGUCUCAAUUACCUCCAGGUCCCAAAGACUGGAUCCCUCCCGCAGACAAGUCGAUAAUGAGCCUGUUCGUCACGGGCGUAGAGGAUGACCUGCCCGAGUACAAGAUCCGCGAUUUUUUCAAGGAGCACGGCAAGAUCAAGUCAUUAAUCUGCAGUCACAUGUCACACUGCGCGUUCAUCAACUAUGAAACGAGAGAGGCUGCCGAGAAGGCCACGGAGGCGUGCCAGGGUCGAGCUGUGAUUGCGGGGUGCCCGUUACGAGUACGAUGGAGUUUGCCGAAAGCAAUUGGAACCAUGAAUAAGGAGGAGAGAGCAACGAUGGCGAGGGAUGGACGAUCGGCUUUCCCUAGUCAACGGAGAGGGCAAGCUGGACCUAGGGCGAUUGAAGGAGCGCCGGCCCAAGGACAAGCAGGAGCUGCACAAGAUGUCGAGGGCCUAGCGAUGGUUGCACCCCCACCGGGUGCAGCAGACGUCAACUACGCAAGUCUUGCAGGAGAUUAAAGCGCCACACAGCAGGCAAAAAUUUGCAUAGCAUAGGCGGCGUUCCGGUAUUAUACUGAAAAAAAAAAUUGCUUUAGCUGAGAGGAUAUCACUUGUGUUGCUUGGUCACUUGAUAAUGGUACACGGCGGGUGUUAUGUUAUAAUACAAUGCUUUACGAAUUUUAACCCAUCAAUCCGUAUCAUGUAUCACAGCACUUCUUUCCGUCAAUCUUGACUUUCUGGCCUCCCGGGAGUUUUACUGUGUCGUUGUCUCCACGCUCUGUAUCUUCGUGUAUUCGCAGC